UAGGGUCACCUGAUCCUCCUGGGAACACAGCGGGAUACAGCACCCCUCAGUGAGCGGGACAGCGCAGUGGGGGCGCGCCGAACUCCGUUACACCCGCAGCAGCAGCAGCAUCGCUGAGUUACAGGAGGACAUUAUUCUGUUAUAUCGUCGCUUACAGAACACCGCUGUGGUCGGAGGAUGGCGGCGUAUCCUAAAUCCCACAAUCCAUUUGCCGAUGAUGAUGAAGAGGAACCAGCAGGGCCGAGGAGGGGCUUUAAUUUUGACGAUGAGGAAGAAGAGGAGAGUAAGCUGAGUCCUGCGGAGAGGCGGCAGCGGCAGCUGGAGCAGCAGGUCAUGCAAACGGCGAAGUCGGCGGUGGACAGUAGCUAUCGCUCUCUCGGCCUCAUCUAUGAAUCAGAAAAGAUUGGGACAGAGACAGCAGAGGAGUUGAUUCGUCAAGGUGAGGUAUUAAAGAGGACGGAAAGAAUGGUGGAUAAUAUGGAGCAGGACAUGAGGACUAGUCAGAGACACAUAAACUCCAUUAAGAGCGUUUGGGGGGGGCUGGUUAAUUAUUUCAAAGGGAAGCCAGAGCAGAAGCCUCCUCAAAAAGAGCCGCCCGCAGCCUACGAGGCCAACAGCAGGUUACAGAACGCUCUGACCGACAGUAAAGAACAGGGGGAUAAAUAUGAGGCCAGCCACCCCAACCUGAGGAAACUGGACACGUCUGGGUUUGGAGCGUCGGCUUCGUUUGAUAAUGAGGCUUCAGAUCAGAACGGAUACCCGAAAAAUAAACACCUGAGAGCUGCUCACCAGCAUCUGGACUCUAACUUAGAUGAGAUGUCUCUGGGUCUGGGUCGGCUGAAGAACCUGGGUCUCGGGCUUCAGUCUGAGAUCGAUGAUCAGGAUGUUUCUCUGGAUUCUCUGCUGAAUAAAGUCGACUCGAUGGACGGAAAGAUCAGCUCCACCAACCGGCAGCUGAAGAACCUGAAAUGAUCUGAGAGACGAUCGUCGCGAGUAAACGCUUAUUCAGAAACGCAGCACUGGGUGUUAUUUGAUCAGUGGGCAGUGCAGGACUUAUUCUUCAAGUUUUACUGUUCUCCCAUUUUUUUAUAUAUAUUUUAUAUAUUAUAUGCAUCCUGUGCGGCGGGUAAAAUCUAGAACAUGCAUCUUUAUUUUGUUCCCCUUUCAUUUCUUAAGGGUUCAGCCAUAUAAAAAUCAUCUUUACCAUGAAACAAGUUGGAAUCGUAAAGAUUCAAGACUGUGAUUCUGUGAUCCUCAAUAUUUCACAAGAUAAUUCUCUGAUAUUUCACAGCAUCUGUGUUACUGAAGAUGUUAAAUACUCCUAAAUAAUUAAAUACCAGAAAUAAUUAUGGAUUUAAUUGGUUAUACAUCAUUUCACUGCACAGGUUUAUUAACUCUAUUCUUUUGAUUAUAGCGCCACCAAAUGGUGUAAUGAAGCAGUAAAACACUAUAAUAUAUCACAGGAUCGAUAUUUUGAGGAGGACAAUAAAAAUAACACAAGGGGGCGCUAUAAACAAGGAGAGUUUAUUUGUGUUUUUACUUUGCAUUACAGAUCAGACAUUUCACAUGUGCUUUUGUUAUUUGUUUGUUAGAAACUUUUAAAAAAGGAAAGUAUAGAAAAAAAAGACUAAUUGAAAAAUAAUCUGGAUUUAAUGGCUGAUGGGUUUCGCCUUAAUUAUCAUUUUUUGGUUUGUUUCAUUUCACAAGAUCAUUUAAUAUUUGUUUUACAGUUCUUACACUGAACACUUUGACACUCUGAUGCCUUUUAUUAUGUAAACCUUAAAUCUGGUGACUUUGAUUGGAUGGGGAUUUUGUUUGAGUCAGGUCUUUAUUUAAUUCUCUUGUUUUUCGUUUAUAUUAUAGAACAUUAGAUUGAUGAUGAUCUGAAAAAGUGCUUUAUGUUGGUUAUAAAACAAUGAACUCCAGAAUCGGGAACUUCCACAUCACUCUGUGUGUUAACUCUAAACUAUGUUAUAUCUGUAUUAUUAUAUUAUGAAUAUUGAAUUUUAUAUUGUUCAUUUUUCAAAUACGUGAAGCUACUCUUCCACCAGAGGAGAAGGUUUGAUUCUGUUAUUUACAAGCAAAUUCUUUACAUAUUGUUAAUAUAAAUUGAAUAAAUGUGACAUUUUGUGCCAUUAGUUUCACAACAGAAGUAAAUCAGCUGCUGGUUCAGAUUGAAACAGUAGAGGCAGCGUGACUCCGGCUCAACUGAUGAUCUGAAAUCUCUGUUUUUACUGAAGGAACUGCAGACUAAUGUUCCACCACUUAAAACAGAUCUGCCUCUGUAUAAAACUGAAUGUGAUUAUAUAAAAUGUAUUAUGUGAAGAAGAAAAUAAAAUGAAACAUUA